AUGAGCAAGGCAUAUCAGAGACCAAAGGUGGCAGUCAUAGGAGCAGGAUUUGCCGGUCUGAGAUGUGCUGAUGUGCUCCUCCAAGGUGGAGUUGAUGUCACGGUCUUUGAGGCUCGCAACCGAAUAGGAGGCCGGGUAUUCCAAGUCUCUCUCGAAGGCCAACUUUAUGAUGUUGGGGCAAACUGGAUUCAUGAACCAAACGAAAAUCCUCUUAUGGACAUCGCCAAAGACACCAACACUUUUGUCUGUCCUCGCCCGUUCGGUGUUGCGCUCGUUGACUCCUCCGGGCGAUCAAGAUCGAUCCCGUAUGCUGAAAGACUAAAGACGACAAUUGACGAUUUGUUUGACCGGGCUUCCGAGUAUAGCUAUCAGCAUUCGGCCGCAAUUGACCCGAGACUGAGUAUCAUGGAUUACGUCCGAGAUCGAGUUACCGAGGAGUUCAAAGGCCAGCCCGAAUUCAUGCAGGAUUUACAUCGGGAAGCCGAGCGACGAGGUAUGUGGGAUGGCGAUCCAACCAGUUCAUUAAGUCUGAAGCAUCAAUGUCUCGAAAAAGGUCCGGGAGGAAUUGACGUCUUUGUUUCUGGCACCUAUAAGAAUAUUGUUUCCCAGGUGGCGAAACCGGCGCUUGAAAAGGGCGUGGUCCAACUGGGCCAGAAAGUCAACCGCAUCAUCUACCAAGACGACUCAAGUCCAGCCAAAGUAAUGGUAGAAACUUCCAGUGGGACCCAAGAAAGUUUCGACGAGGUCGUGGUGACAUGUCCACUAGGAUGGCUGAAGAAGCAUCGAACCAGUUUCUUCGUCCCAGAACUUCCACCUCCUCUGUCUCAAGCAAUUGAUAAUAUUAGCUUCGGGCGUUUGGAAAAGAUUUACUUGACUUUCCCGUUAGCUUUCUGGCUCUCGCGUGGUCAGGAUCAGCAAUCAACUGGUUCGAUAGACGGCUACCCCUGUGUGACGCACUUCCACCACCCAUCAUACGUCAAGAAUCAAAUCCCAUAUCCAGCCAACCAGAUGAUUGUAUCCUUGACUCAUCUUCUACAAGGCCACACUCAGCCCACUAUCCUUUUUUACAUUCACGGCCCUUACGCCACCCAACUAGUUCACACCAUCAAAGGCCUUGAACCGCACGGCGACGAAUACAAUAACGUUCUAGAGACAUACACAAAACCAUUUUACUCUCGACUUCCCAACUACGCCAUUAAUGAUCCUGCAUGUAAACCGAGAUCGUACUAUUGCUCGACAUGGCAGCUUGACGAUCUCGCGGGCAAUGGCUCAUAUAGUAAUUUCCAAAUUGGUCAAGCUGAUGCCGCCAAAGACGUUGCUAUUCUCCGUGAUGCCGGGGUCUUGAACCGAAUGAAAGGUGUUUGGUUUGCUGGAGAACAUGUCGCUCCAGCUUGUCGGCAAGCCACAACCGUGGGUGCAUAUAUUAGCGGUGAACGCGUGGCCGAAAAUAUUUGCAAAAAGUGGGACAUGGUUCUAAAGCGUGUCAGUCAGGGACAGCCUUUGGCGCAUAUAUAA